AUGCCCCUCCCUCUUUUUGCAGCCAAUCGACCAAAGAGCCUUCUGGUAUACAUCAAUCCAUUCGGUGGAAAGCGUCGUGGGAAACGUAUUUACGAGCAGAAGGUGGCCCCGAUGUUUCGCCUUGCCGGCAUUGCGACCACUGUGAUUGUUACAGAGCGUGCCAAUCAUGCUGAAGACCACUUGAAAACAGAGGCCAAUCUAGAUAAAUAUGACGGGGUGGUGUGUGUUGGUGGAGAUGGGAUGUUCAGUGAGAUCCUUCACGGGCUGGUUGCCAGGACGCAAAAUGACCACGGUGUUGACCAGAACCAACCGGAUGCUGAAUUGGUGCCAUGUUCUUUACGGAUAGGAAUCAUUCCUGCAGGGUCUACUGACUGUAUCUGCUUUGCUACAGUGGGAACCAACGAUCCAGUUACUUCUGCUUUACACAUCGUUGUGGGUGAUUCGCAGCCAAUGGAUGUGUGUUCAGUUCAUCACAAUGACGUCUUUCUCAGAUACUCAGUCUCAUUGCUUGGCUACGGCUUCUAUGGAGAUGUGCUUUCAGACAGUGAGAGGAACAGAUGGCUUGGCCCUGCCAGAUACGACCUGGCAGGUGUGAAAACCUUUCUGAGCCACAACUACUACGAGGGCACCGUCUCUUUCCUCCCCGCCGAGGACGACGUGGGGAAUCCGAGGGACAAGCUGCAGUGUCGAUCCGGGUGCAGCAUCUGUCAGCACAACCGCUCAUCAAAAGACACGCACAGCGACGUGUCGGAGGAGAAGGAAAAGCCAGGCAAAGAUGACAGCAGUGACUGGAAUGAAAUCCAUGGAAAGUUUAUUGCCAUUAACGCAGCCAACAUGAGCUGCGCUUGUCCUCGAAGUCCAAAAGGCCUGUCACCCUUCGCCCACCUCGCUGACGGCAAUGCAGACCUGAUCCUGGUGAGGAACUGCUCCCGCCUGGACUUCUUCAAACACCUUCUUCGACACACCAACAAAGACGAUCAGUUUGACCACCCUUUUGUAGAGGUCCACCGGGUGAGGAAGUUUCGCUUCGAGCCAGAGCGCCACAUACUGGUUUCACUGGAAGACCUGAGUGAGCCUGCAACAAAGACUGGCUACAGCACUCCCCUUGGCAGCUGGAGCUGCGAUGGGGAGAUCCUGCCUGAGGUUGCCAUUCAAGUCAGUGUCCAGUGCCAGUUGAUCAGGCUGUUUGCCCGUGGUAUUGAGGAACAGCAGCAGCAGCAGUGUGUGUCGGACGACCCGUGUACCCUCAGUGCCUUGGAGCCAACCACAGACUAGUCAGUGGAUUGAGAGCUGAAGAGGACAUUUAGCUGUUCAAAAACAACUUAGUUGAACUUGGCAAAGUUUCCUGGAAAAAACACAUUCGUCAUAUCAGUUUAAAUCCUAAAUGCUGAUGUCUCCUUGCCUCCUAUCCAUGCAAAAAAAAAAA